UUCCGGAUGGGGGCCGCGUUGAGUUCCUCUUUUUGAUGUUGUACUGAGCGCGGCCUUGUUAACGGUGGCCAGUGGUAAACGUUAGUGAGCGCUCGCGAAUGCUGCUGGUGAUGAAAGGCGAAGUAGAAAGGCAGUAAAUGUCGAAGAGUGACGGGAACAGAAGACCGCGCGUGAUAAGAAAGCGGGCAGUGUGUGUUUUACGCUCAGUGUAUGUGAGUGAGAGAGAGAGAGAGAAGCAGAAGAAGAAGAAGAAGCAAGGCGCCUGCUUGGCUGGUCGCGCUCGCGCUCGCGCUCCGUGGACCCUCGGCGCUGAGUGAGAAGAAGUCCCGUCCCCCCCCCGCGCGCACGCUCCGGGAGACCCGGGUUCCGGGUUCGGCGUAAAUGAGCCUGAGGUUCGGCUUCGGCAGCCGCGCAUUUCCAGGUGGCGUUGUCGGGGCCCUGCUGGCGCUAACGCUCUUUUGAGCACCCCGCCUCCCCCCUCCACCACAACAGUGCAUCCCCCUCGACCCCUCCCCCCCUCCCCACCCCCUUCCCUAUCCCAGCCCGUCACCUCAGACGCCCUUGUCCCAGCAUGAACGACGUCAGCGUGGUGAGGGAGGGCUGGCUGCACAAGCGUGGUGAGUAUAUCAAGACCUGGAGGCCUCGGUACUUCAUCCUUAAGAGCGAUGGCUCCUUCAUUGGCUACAAGGAGAAGCCAGAAACAUUGGAGCACAGUCUGCCCCCCCUCAACAACUUUUCUGUGGCAGAGUGCCAGCUGAUGAAGACAGAGCGACCGAAGCCCAACACCUUUGUUAUUCGGUGCCUGCAGUGGACCACUGUCAUUGAACGCACGUUCCAUGUGGACAGCAAUGAGGAGAGGGAGGAGUGGAUGAGGGCGAUCCAGGCGGUGGCCAACAGCUUGAAGAUGCGGGAGGAGGAGGAACCCAUGGAGAUCAAGUGUGGUUCCUUCAGUGAUGGCAGUGGGAUGGAGGAGAUGGAAGUGGCCAUGUCCAAGUCUCGUACCAAAGUGACAAUGAGUGACUUUGACUACCUGAAGCUGCUGGGGAAGGGGACCUUUGGAAAGGUCAUCUUGGUCAGGGAGAAGGCCACUGGAGUGUACUACGCUAUGAAGAUCCUGCGCAAGGAAGUCAUCAUUGCAAAGGAUGAGGUGGCCCACACGGUGACUGAGAGCAGAGUGCUGCAGAAUACCCGGCACCCCUUCCUCACUACACUAAAGUAUGCCUUUCAAACCCAUGACCGUCUUUGCUUUGUGAUGGAGUAUGCAAAUGGAGGGGAGCUGUUUUUCCACCUGUCUCGGGAGCGUGUGUUUACGGAGGACCGGGCACGGUUCUACGGUGCCGAGAUCGUCUCGGCGCUCGAGUACCUGCAUUCGCGCAACGUGGUCUACAGGGACUUAAAGCUGGAGAACCUCAUGCUGGACAAAGAUGGCCACAUCAAAAUCACCGACUUUGGCCUGUGCAAGGAGGGCAUCACUGAUGGAGCCACCAUGAAGACAUUCUGUGGCACACCAGAGUACCUGGCCCCUGAGGUGCUGGAGGACAAUGACUAUGGCCGGGCAGUGGACUGGUGGGGGCUGGGUGUGGUGAUGUAUGAGAUGAUGUGUGGUCGACUGCCCUUCUACAACCAGGACCACGAGCGCCUGUUUGAGCUCAUCCUCAUGGAGGAGAUCCGCUUCCCGCGCAACUUGUCCCCCGAGGCCAAAGCACUGCUGGCUGGGCUGCUCAAAAAGGACCCCAAGCAGAGGCUCGGAGGUGGUCCUCAAGAUGCCAAAGAAGUGAUGAGCCACAAGUUCUUCAUCUCCAUCAACUGGCAGGACGUAGUGCAGAGAAAGCUGAUUCCACUCUUCAAGCCCCAGGUCACCUCUGAGACGGACACGCGUUACUUCGAUGACGAGUUCACGGCACAGACCAUCACGCUCACUCCUCCGGACAAAUAUGACAGCGCUGACUGCGAGGACUCCGACAAGCCCACACACUUUCCCCAGUUCUCCUACUCGGCUAGCAUACGGGAGUGACGCUGUCAGGCACCACGCACGCAUGCGCACACAGCUCAACCAACAAUGGGCGGACUGCUAACUUUAGAAACAAGUGGCUUGACCGGUAGCUGUCCACACAUAUACCCCUGUUUGAGUCACCACAGAGCAUAUGCAACACACAACCUUUGCUAGAACAGUGGUCACUCUCACAUACCCACAGCUGCUCACCUCUUUUCCUAGAGACUGUAGAAAAACCUGAAUGGAGAACUUUUUAAAAGAAAUUCCACUGAAAUAUUUUUAAACUUUGUUACAAUUUUUAAAAGCCAUAUUUCUGUGAUUUCUACAAGUGCUCUUUGUUGAACUGUUACCACUAGUAUUGAAUGGGCUUUUGGGGGUAGAUGAAAGGGUGGGAAUGGCAAUAGGAACAGGGAGUGUUUUGACUCAUGAGAUUACACAACUGAAGUGCAAGGAAAUCUGAUAUUUAGCUUUUAGAUAAAGGAAAGAAAAAGUGUACCAGAGCUGUGUGGGUGAUGUGGUGUGUAGCUUUUCAGUCUGGCUUGUGACCAGGACAGGGGAAUGCAGACUGGUGCUCAGCUUGAUGGGAGUUAUACAGAUAACAAUAGUUAGAACAAUGUUUUCCUUGGACUAUUUUCAGUCUCUUGAAUGUAAUGACAUUUACAAGUGUUACUUUAUUUUUAAGCAUUGCUUUCAUCACAAAAGUUCUGUACAUUCAACACUUUCACAUGUGUGCACAAUUAUGGGUGUUUUUUUUAAAAUAUGAAUCAUGUUGACUGGUCUUCACAAAAAUGUCACCUGUCUACUUAGAUCUGGGUUGAUACUGUUGCCCAUAUGUCCCCCUUACAGCCAGAUGUAUCCUCAUCUAGUCUAAGCUAGGCCUCUAGGUAAUGGAACAGUUUUGUUUUUGCCUUUUAAAGAUUUUAUGGAAUUUAACCUUUUCCUCCCCCAAUAGCCCUGUGAUCCUUCAAAAGUUUUGGAAGAUAGUUUAUUAAAAGAAAAUGAUUGCCUUAA